CAAAAAUUAUGGCUUAAUAACUCCGUAAGUUGAAACUUAAUCCAUAAAAUAAUGAGAAGAAUGUUCUGUUUUGUGAGAUAACUGCAAAACUAGCUGGAAUAUGUAAUACGGUAGGUUUAAUUUUAUUAUCAACGCUGGCGAGAAUCGCUAGAUUACCAACUAACAGAAGGUUUACAUGCGAAGCAACUUGGUUCCACCCAUUUCUCAUCUAACGACAACGUGCAACACUGUUUGUACACACUGCGCUUUGUUGCACGCCACGAGUUUGGGAUAAUUCUGGGAGCAGAAGUUUUUGCAACCGUAGAGUUAUUAUGGAUUCCUUGAUUCCUUCUGAUUCUGCACAGAAUGUGCCUUUGGAGGAAACACCUGAUGAAAUCGUUAACAGCCAAAAUCUACUGCGUGAACUAUGCAGCAGGCUUGACCAUUCAGCAUCCUCCAGGGCCCCCACCCAGUUUUCCAGAUCACUGAAAACGAAGGAAAUGCGCAAGCCCAUCACGCUCAUCGACUCGUCCGGACGUGAAUACCUCAUGAACCUUACACCAACUGACCUGCGAGAUCUUCUAAAAAAGAGCAUUCUUAUUUCUGCUGCGGCAAAAGCUAAUAUACCCUUCCCAGAAUGCAAGCCCAGUGAAAAAGUUCACAAUAUCCCCCCUGCUCUCCCGGAGUAUCCCGAGCCUGCUGCGCCAGUUCCUGCGAAUGGCAAUUUCGAGCGCGGAACGCGAGUAUCGUUCAACCCCGCAGAAGAAGAACUUCCUCCAACACAGGAAGUCCAUGUGAGUUCUACCUACUGGCCGGAAAUCGCCACCCGCGAAGAACUUCGCGAACAAGCCAAAAACGAUCCGUCGAUGUGUGAAGAAAUUUUGGCUGCAUUGUGUUAUGGCCCCUUCAUGCAUGACGGUAGUGUGGAUUCCGAUUCCCGCUUUGCCACGCCCGAACGAAACGGCAGCGAAGGUGACGGGUCUAUCCCACAAGAAGACAUCAGGCGGUAUCAUCAAUGUCGCCACCCGAACUGCAACAAACUCUAUUCCAAGAGUUCCCACCUUAAGGCGCAUAUGCGAACGCACACUGGCGAGAAGCCCUACAGCUGUAGCUGGCCAUCUUGUACGUGGAAGUUUGCAAGAUCGGAUGAACUCACGCGACAUUACCGUAAACACACGGGUGAUAAACCGUUCAAAUGCCAGCAGUGCGAUAGGGCCUUCUCUCGAAGUGACCAUCUGAAUUUGCAUAUGAAGCGCCAUUAAUGCAGGUGAAAAGGUUGUCGCAUGGAGCUCACUAAGUUCAAAAGAGCCGCGUCGCCAAAAGAAUUUUAUAAAUUUGGUAGUGAUAGUUUUAAUUUGUUUUUAUUACUCGUCUAAGAUUACCAUAUAAUAUUUGAUUCUGUACGUCCAGAUGUGCCGUGGCUGGUGAUGCGCUGAUCCAUCUAUCGUUUUACUGGGAACUGUUUUUACAAUUUUAGUUGUACAUAAGUCUUGUGGUGUUUCCCGAAGAUUUUAACAACCGGUUGUUAUAUUUUAUCCGUGAGCUGCUACACAGUUCACAGUUACCGUCUCUUUGUUUAAUAUUCUUUUAUUUGUUGACGAUUUGGACGGUGAAUUUAUGAUUUCAGCUUAUUUUACUAGAGUAUAAUUAUGUGGCAGUUAUGUGUUGGUUCAUGGAAUCGACAAACUUUCUUGUGUAAGAUA